GUUUAUUUACUCGAUAAAACACAGGCCAGAUCUCUUUCCAGUCUUUGCAGAAUGAAGGUUUUGCUUGUUGUCAGUGCUCUGGUUACUCUGGCUUGUCAGACCAAUGUCUCUCCAGAAGAUGUGGAGUUUGAGGCCUGGAAAAAUAAAUUUGGUAAGAUCUAUUCGUCUCUAGAGGAGGAAUCUCAACGUAAGAUGGCAUGGCUGGAAAAUCGCAAAUUAGUUCUGGCACACAACCUCCUCGCUGACCAAGGCAUUGAGAGCUACAGACUUGGCAUGACUUCAAUUGCGGAUCUGGUUAAUCAAGAGUACAGGACCAUGUUUAUGGGCUGCCAGGCAUCUCUCAACAGUGUCAUGAAACACAAUGCAGAUACAUUUGUCCAACAGUCAGAAAGAGCUGAUUUGCCUACUACUGUGGACUGGAGAGAGAAGGGCUAUGUGACUGACAUUAAAGACCAGUUUAGCUGUGGCUCCUGCUGGGCCUUUAGUACGACAGGAGCACUGGAGGGUCAGACAUUUAGGAAAACUGGGAAACUGGUGUCACUCAGUGAACAGCAGCUGGUAGACUGCUCUGGAAAAUAUGGAAACAAUGGCUGUCAAGGUGGCUUUAUGGAGAAAGCAUUUUUAUAUGUACAAGAAAAUGGAGGACUUGACACAGAGGACUCCUACCCCUAUGAGAAUCAGGAUGGGGUUUGUAGAUUUAAUCCAGCCACUGUUGGGGCCAAGUGCACUGGCUAUAAGAGUAUAUCCCCAUCUGAGGGAGCUCUGCAGGAAGCAGUGGCCACUAUUGGACCCAUUUCUGUCACAAUAUUUGUAGGCCUGGAUUCCUUCAAACUGUAUUCAUCAGGUGUCUAUGAUGACCCUGCCUGUAACAACUCACAAUUGAACCAUGCUGUCCUUGUUGUUGGCUACGGCACUGGUAAUGGAACAGAUUACUGGCUGGUCAAGAACAGCUGGGGCCUUGGCUGGGGUGAUAAAGGCUAUAUGAAGAUUUCCAGAAACAAAGGUAACCUGUGUGGUAUUGCCUCUCAAACCAGCUAUCCUUUGGUUGACAAUGAAAGUCAGGUUGUUCGGUGUGAGACUUGCUCUACGAUCUUUGUACUGGGAUGCAUGUUGCUAAAUAUUUUGUACUGAGUGUGUGGAGAGCAUUGCGUACAUAUAAAAUAGUGCAUGAAUUUGGAAUUGUCUGCUGCCUCGUGGUUACUAAUGCUUAUAGGUACUGGUUAUGAACAUCUUUUCAUUUUUCAUGAAUCAAUUUUUGUA